UAGGUCUAGAUAGAGUUUUGUUACUAAUGUCAAGUGAUUCCUCGAACGACGAUGUUGAUGUGGUGGCGAAUUUGGAAAGGAUCCGAGCGGAAGUCGUUGCCUUGAGUAAAGGCCGAGAUGAGGAGGUAAAGCUGUUGGCUGUGUCGAAGACUAAGCCGAUGGAUAUGUUGAUGGAGGCAUAUGAGAAGUGUGGCCAGAGGCAUUUUGGGGAGAACUACGUGCAGGAGUUGAUGGAGAAGGCGAGGGAGAUGCCAAAGGACAUCCAGUGGCAUAUGAUAGGGCAUCUCCAGAGGAAUAAAGUGGCCCCGUUGUUGAAGGCGGUACCGCACUUGUAUGCAGUGGAGAGUGUCGACUCGAUCAAGCUGGCUGACAAGCUCAACGCUGCCGCUGCCACGGCGAUGGAUGAGGGUUUGAGGAGCGAGCCUCUGAAUGUGUUCAUCGAGGUGAUGACAUCCGAUGAGAUCACGAAAACUGGUGUAGAGAAGGAUGAGGAUAUCGAUGCUCUAGCUGAGCACAUCGCUACUCACUGUCAAGGGCUUAAACUGUUUGGACUGAUGACGGUAGCCAAUCCUGACCUUGAAAUUGCCAGGGAGAACUUCGAGCGACUGGCGGCUAUUCGGGAGAGGCUCGAGAAGAAUCUAUCUCUGACGUACAAGUUGGAGUUAUCGAUGGGCAUGACACAUGAUAUGCCAAUAGCAAUAGAAUGUGGAAGUACUGAGGUUCGAGUCGGAUCGGCCAUAUUUGGUGCGCGAAAUUACAAGAAGUAGGAGCUCGCUUGGAGCGUUUCGGGAUUAUUUUCUCUCCCAUCAUUGUGACUGUUUCCUGUUCCUG